AUGGACAAACAAACAACUCUUCUUCAAAAUGAUUAUAUGUUUUCACAGUUAAGUUCACGUAUAGUGUGGAGUAUAGUCUAUUUGCUAAUAAUGCGCAGUUCACAGUAUGCUAUCAAGCCCAAUAAUUUUUAUGAAAUAUCAUCGCUUUCAAAUAAUGUUGUACAUAACUAUAUUCCAAUCGCUGUUGGGAAUUUCCUUGGGAGAGUUGUUUCAAGAACAUACAUAUCUGUGUUUCGCGUUAGGAAACAUCUUCGGAUUCAAGUUUUCUUAUGGUAUGGAUGUGAAAAGAGGAAUGCUUUGGCGUUGACCAUGUCUGAAGAUCAAGAAAGCGCUUUAAUCUGGAAACAGCCUGAAGAUAAAAAAAGAGCUUUAACCUGGAAACGGCUAGCACAGUCUCGAAUAUCAUGA